AUGGGCCGAAAAGUACAAAGAUCACUUAUCCAACUAAUCUUCUUUCUCUGCAUCUUAUUUUUCAUCCUAUUCUUAAACCGCCCGCAAUCAACCAAGGACAAACUCUUUGCCUGGACCAAAGUCCGCUACCAAACAACCUCAUCCAUCAUCCCAGAAGCCCGCGGAGUUUGCCCCGGCCUAGCAGAAUCAACCAAACCAGCCCUGAUAGUCUCCCAUGUCUCGUCGGACGGCGACCCGUCCUGGCUAGAGCCGCUCCGCACCCAGUACCAUGUAUGCAUGUACCAAGUGGACGCGCCGGCAGACAAAACCUCCAAACUGCUCCAAGUCCCCGCAAACCGCGGACAUGAAGCAAUGGCCUACUUAACCUUCCUAAUCGAUAAUUACGCGGACAUACCCUCCGCCGGCGCCGUCUUUGUGCACGGCAGCCGCUGGGCUUGGCACAACGACAUCCCGGACUACGACAACGCCGCACUCCUACGCAGCCUGGACAUCCACGCCGCACUGAAAGCCGGGUACAGCAACCUGCGCUGCGACUGGAGCGCCGGCACGUGUCCUUCUUCCGUGCCCGCGCAGGGCAGUCUCGAGACGAGGCUGUCGAGCGCCGUGUCGCCGUGGAGUGCGCGCUCGGCAUCGGAUCUCGCACUGCCGGAGGCGCUUGGCCAGAUCUUUGGCGGGGAUGCUGAUGCGCGUGUCGAGGAGAUUACCAGUGCUGUCCAUCUUUAUCUUGGUCGGCAGGAUGCCGUUCGCGCGCAGUGCUGUGCGCAGUUUGUGGUUUCCCGCGAGCGCAUCUGGCAGCAUGCUCAGAGUGAGUAUAUUGCGCUGAGGCAGUGGCUGCUGGAUGGGAGUGAUGAUGGGGUUUCGCGGAAUGUGUAUCGGGAGUCUAGGGCUGCGCCUGGUGAUGACCGUAUAGCCGGGCGGAUUGUUUCGUACAUUUGGCACAUUCUUUUUGCGGACCAUGCUGGUGAACGGGGAAUUGAUCUUGACCGGUUGAAUCGCGAUUCUUGUCCUAGUGCUGCUGAGUGCUAUUGUCGGUUAUAUGGCAAGUGUGAUUUGAAGUGCCGGGGUCCGGGAAGCUGUAAAGGGCAGUAUUCUGUGCCGAAGGACUACAGGCUCCCCGAGGAUUGGGAGAAGACGCAUUCAUGA